GCUCAAAAUCUUGAUACUGUUAGCUUUGUUAUUUCACAACCUUGUCGUUCUGGGUUGGCAAAAUGGUGGCAGACGACACCGUUGACCGCGAUCUUCCUUAUAAUAAAUUUGUUUUCAGCAUUUUUAAGAUCAUAGAUAAACCAGUGACUGCUUUUAGAGAAAAAAUCGUUGAGCCACUUCAAAGUAGGAAUAAACACUAUUUUUAUCACCGUCGAUUCAGAAGAGUGCCAACCGUCGACCAGUGUGAAUUUAAUGACGUAGUAUGUGUGUUUGAAGCUAACCAACAGUUCAAACGAGACUGGAGCGUUGAUUCAAAUAUCUUGAAGAUUCUUCGUAAACGAAAGAUGGAAUGCAUUAUGUAUGAAGGUGCUAAUGCUCCACAAAAAUGCAAAAAGGUUACUGAAGAUUAUGAAAAUGCUUCUACUAACUAUUUCAUAAAAUAUGGUGAACUUGGAGCUGCAGCUAAUGCUGUCGAUGCCUACAUGAAACAGAAACAUCGCAUGAUCUGGGAAAGAAGACAAGAAAUACAAGGCACUGGUAAACGAUUACGCUGAAAACUUUGCAGGAAAUGUCUGUAAUUCUUAGGCUUCUUCUAUUUUACCAAAUUUAAAAGUAUUAGAAAACCAAUAAAAUAUAAAAACUGUU